AAAUAGACAUUAUUAGAUGGGAAAUUUGUGGCAAUAAAAUAAUGUACAUGGUCAGCAAUGUUACUCAGAUAGACUGUGGGAAUUAAACAAUGCUUGACUGGUGUUAAGGGGUCCAACGUGUACCAAGAAAAUAUUAUUCACACCAUUACACCACCAGCACCAAUUGAACUGUUGACACAAGGCAGGUUGGGUCAACUGAUGCCAAAUUCUGACUUAAUCAUCUGCAUGUUGCAGCAGAAAUCAACAUUCAUCAGACCAGGGCAAUGUUGUUGUUGUGUUGUUGCUUUUUUCCCUUGGGGGGGGGGUACCUUCAACCGUCCAGUUUGGGUGACCUUGUGUCCACUGUUGCUUCAGUUUCCUGUUCUUGGCUUACAGGAGUGGAACCCAAUGUUUUAAUCAUUUUGCUUUUGUAGCCCAUAUGCCUCAAGGUUUGACAUGUGCAUUCUGAGAUGCUUUAUCUGUUCACCACAGUUAUAAAGAGUGGUUGUUUGUGUUACCGAAGCCUUUCUGUCAGCUCAAACCAGUCUGGUAAUUCUCUUUCACACUGAACCAUUCUGAGUAAAUUCUAGAGAAUUUGUCAUCUGUGAAAAUCCCAAGAGCUCAGCGGUUUCUGAAAUACUUAAACCGGCCCAUCUGACAGCAACAACCAUGCCACCAUCAAAGUCACAGAGAUCACAUCCACCAACACAAUCUGUCUCUCUCUCUCACACACACACACACACACACUCAUUCACACACUACUUCACACACAACAGACAAUUUAGAGAUGCCAAUCAGCCUACAGAACAUGUCUUUGGACUGGGGGAGGAAACCAGUGUACCUGGAGGAAACCCCCGAAGCACAAGGAGAACACGCAAACUCGACACACACAGAGAUGCUCUUGACCUGUAUGUGCAUGAAGUGCAUGCUGCCACAUGAUUGGCUGGUUGGAUAAUUGCAUGAAUGGGCAGGUGUUCCUAUUAAAGUGGCCGGUGAGCGUUCUCGACACGCACAGCUCUACACUCCAGUCCAGUUGGUGGCGACAAUGCACCAAAUACUAGAUUUGCCAACCACCAUUAAAAGUGGAAGAAGAAGCGCUACUAGGUUGCAUGGGAUACAAAAAACCAACAUGGCGGCGUGCAGUAGAUUACCCUUGCAGUUAUUUUUAUCAACUCAGACAUCACGUGUGAUCUGCACCAGAAAUGUACAAGUUAAAAGUGAAACAGAAGCGAACCUGUUAUAUCCAGCGCUUUUACCGUCUCGGACAGCUAAGAGUAAAUCAGCGAAAAGGCGAGUGUUACUGGAGUUCUUCGAGCAGCUGCGCACAGUCGAGCCACAGGAGAAGAUCCGGGCUCUCACCCGCAUCCAGCGCAUGAAGUAUGUGGUUUACCCUCAGACUCCGGCUGUAGGAGCGGAUAAAUGGUACCAGCAUUUCACCAAGACCGCGUAUCUCCCCGGUCUUCCGGAGAAGAUGAGCACUGCUGAGCUGGAGGACACUCUGGUGUCUGAUCUGGCCUCCACAGUGUGUGACAGUCUCCUACAGGAGCACUGGUACAUGAAGAAAGGCAGGACGUUCCUCCAGAAAGAGCAGGCACAGUUUGCUGCACCCUUUUUGAUGAACACUGUGUCUGGGCUCAUUUCCUCACUGGCCAGCAGAAAUCCUGUGCUCCGGCUGUCUAAUUUUGAUCUGUCUCCUUAUGUCAACUUUUACUGGGUGAACGGAGAGAGGACUAUUCCGAGAGGACACCGGCGUGGCAGAGUCGAGCCUCAGAGGUUCCAGAUUGAUGAUAGACCUCACAGCCAGAUACGUAUCCGGCAGCAGCUCCCUGAGUUUGUGCCACUUGAGACAGAGGUAGCUGCUGAAGUGCCAGUAAUGCAGUUGGCUCCUGAUUGCCUCCCUUUGUUCCGGAGACAGUAUGACAAUAAUAUCUCUACAGGUGCUAAACUGCAAGACCCCUGCUGCUAUGGGCACACACAGUUCCACAUGGUCCCUGAUAGGUUCCGCCGGGACAAACUCAUUAAAAAAAACCUCUCUGAUCAUAUCGAGGUGUUUUUGAGGGCCAAUGCUAUUGCAAGUCUCUUUGCAUGGACAGGAGCACAGGCCAUGUAUCAGGGCUUCUGGAGUGAACAGGAUGUGAGCAGGCCGUUUGUGUCUCAGGCUGUGAUCACCGAUGGGCAGUACUUCUCUUUCUUCUGCUAUCAGCUCAACACGCUGGCCCUGAGAUCGUUCUCCAUUCCCGACAACCCACGUAAGAACCUGUGCUGGGGCACAGAGAGCCUGCGCCUCUACGAAAGAAUCACAGAUGGAGAUGUGAUCGGCUGGGAUGACGAUGUGCUUAAGCUCCUUGUAAAGUUUCUGCUGAACAAGCCAUAAAUUAAUCAAGAGCGCUUGAGAGUGGAAAUCUGGUGGAAUUUUCCUAAUAGAAAAUAAAUAUAAUAUAAUAUG